CACGGCCGCUUGGCAACUUUAUAAACAGUCGUUCAGUCGGUUGGUAACUGUUGCAUACAUCGCUUCGGUCGCUCUAAACUCUCACAGUCCGGACGGUUCGUCGUUUUCGUUCGGCUUCAUCGAGGCAUUCGUCAGAUACGUUCGGGUCAGACGCACAGAUACAGAUACAAGCCACAGCACACACAGAUACGUUCGUAGCGAGCCGGCCCUCUAAGCGCUUUGCCGAAGUCAUUUCCCUCACAACGUCAUCGCGGCGGUUGCGUGUAGCAGUGUGCGUGUACUAGUGGUUAUCACUGUACCAUAGUCUCGAAUUAGUUGCCAGCACACCUUCAGAUUGCAAAGAUCCCAAGUACGACUACUGUGGCGAUCUGAGAUAAGCUCUGGAAUUACGAGUAACGAGAACCGAUAAUAACUAACGCAGUGCAAUUUUGCUGGGAGUUCAAUAAACCACAGUGCGCGCUAAAAUUCACACACCCACAAGCCACAACAACAACACCAAAAACACACAACCACACAACUCACACCAAUCUCGAAACACACCCGUUGGCGACAUAAAAAAUAAACCAGAGCCUCAACGGCCAUAAAGUGCUGCAGAGAAGUACUCGCCCCCACCCGCCGCCAGUUUAUUUUAUGCAUGAAAAGCUAAAGCAAGUGCAACCACAACAAAAAAGCUAGCUCCUCGACUAAGCCCUUUGCCAAAUAACGCGGGAGUGACAAAAUAAAGCAAUAACCCAGCUAAAAAAACUUGGGAUUACAGGAACACACAUAAGGAAGCCAAAGGAAGUCGAACACCAUGUCACGGAUCGUUUUUAUAUUUCUCGCAGCCAUCUUAGCAGAUGCGCUCACCUGGGCCCAGGUGAAUGUGGAACCCAACACAGCGCUCCUCAACGAGGGCGAUCGCACCGAGCUGCUCUGCAGAUACGGCCGGGCCAUCAACUACUGCCGCAUCGAGAUCCCCGGCGAGCAGCGCGUCCUCAACCUCUCCCCGGAGUGGAGCAAGACGCCCGGGUUCACCUACUACGGCGCCGGCCUGAACGCCGGACAGUGCGGCGUGAGCAUCGAGCGGGUCAAGGCCAGCAACAACGGCCAGGUCAAGUGCAGCCUGGGCGUCGAGGGCGAGGAGCUGUCCGGCACCAUUGACUUGGUGGUGGCAUUGCGUCCCCAGCAACCAAUCAUCGAACUAAUGACCAAACCCAACCGCGAUGGUUUCUUCAACGAGGGCACUGCCUUCCAGGCCCGUUGCAGCGUCCGUGAUGGCCGCCCACCGGCAAACAUCUCCUGGUACAUCGACAACAUGCCCGCCAACAAGCGCACCAGCCAGCUGGAGAUCCUCACCAACACCGUCAAUAACGUGGAGCUGUCCACCUCCGUCCAGGAGAUCCAGUGGGCCCUCUCCUCCGAGGACAGCAACCGGAAGCUGGUCUGCCGCUCGCACCACCAAACCGACCGGGAGAGUGUCCCGCCCCAGGAGGCCGCCUACAUCAUCAAUGUGCGAUAUGCCCCUGUCCACCAGUAUGAAGACGCCUCGGUCUACGGCCUGUAUCUGGACCACACUGCCAUCGUGAACAUUACCAUCCGGGCCAGCCCACAGCCCAAGAUCGAGUGGACCAUCGAUGGAGCCAUCAUCGGACAGGGUCGCAGCGACGGACGGUACUCGGCCUACGAGCCACAAUACCUCGGCAACGACGAGUACAACGUGACCCUGGCCAUUGCCGGACUGACGCUGGAGGACACCACCAAGACCUACACCCUGAGGGCCUCCAACGAGCUGGGCUUCAACGACUAUAAGGUGCGCAUCAGCUCGUCGAGCAAGCCGCCGAGCAGCAACCUGGAUGUUGCCGCUAUUGUUGGCAUUGUUGUGGCAGUUGCCGUUUUGGUCCUGGUCGUCCUGCUGAUUCUGUUUGCUCGCGCCACCGGCCGGUGGUGUUUCGGCGGAAAAUCCAUCAAGACGCCCACAAACGAAACCAGCGACACCGAAAGCGCCGACAUAAAAGCCACCUCAACUGCAACAGCCACAACGGCCACCACCACGACCAUGGGAGCCGGAGGCGUGGCAGCCGGGGAGGCGGAGGACAUGACCAACACCGGGGAGCAGGACCAGCAGCAGCAGCAGCAACACGAACAGCCGCAGAAGAAGGCCAAGAGACUGCCGGCUUUCGCCGCUGCGAUUCUGAAGCGCUUCAACGAGAAGGAUACAAAGAAAAACAAGGAUAAGGAUAACCAGGAGACCUCCAAUAUUGUAGAGGGAGCCGAGCAGGAUAAUGCUAUCGAUGGGAAUGACAAUGAACCAAAGCAAGACAAACAACUCGUCUAUGCUGAACUUGUACUAAAGCCCGCCAAUGAAACAACAGCAGCAUCUGCGGCGCUUGCAACAUCUCCAGCCGCCGGGGCAGACACCGCAGCAACAUCUCCGCAAGGACUUGCCAAGGCGACGGAGUACGCCGAAAUAGUCUAUGUGCAGAAGGGGGGCGACAACAAAAAAUAAUCCGGCCCCACAAAAUCAAACCGUGUGAGGCUGUCAGCAACAAAAUAAAAAAUUUAAGCACAAGAGGAAGGAGCAGCAGUUACAGAAACAGCAACAUAAACAACAACCCAAUGCAACAUAAACAUACACUUUAUAUGGAUAUUAAGAACGUGAAAAAAAAACAGAAAACAAAUAAAAAAUUUGUCUUAAGUGGUUUUUCAAAAACUUCUUGAAUGUGUGUACUAAAAUCUAAUGAAAUGUGAACCUAAAACGUAAAAGCAAACUUAAAUCUCAGCACAGAAAUCUUGACACAAGACACUCUCCUGCAAUAUGUCACCCAAUUCCCCCUCCCAGCCCACACAUUAAAUCAAAUUUACAAAAAAAAAACAAAAUAAUAAUAAUAAUAAUAAGAAGUAAAAACCUUAAAAAAGCUAAAUAAAUAUUUGCAAAAACAAACUAUAUAUAAAUUAAAUUUACAUACACAUAGGCAUGAGAAGGAAAGCAUUUGAAAUCUCAAUUAUUUACAUAAAUGUCUCGCAAUUAAGCUAAAUGUACAUUUAAGACAAGAAGCAAGCAAAAAUAUGCAAAAUUAAUUAGACGAUCCCUAAAUUAUUUCUACGCAAGCAUUUUGGACCGAAUAGAUUCGAAUAGAUUCGAAUACUCGAAAUUAACGACCGUUGCAACUUAGGCUGCCAGAGCAAAGCAUUUAAUCUAGAAAUGGAAAAUAAACAGAUCUAAGCCGCGAAAAAAUUCACCGAAAACGUGUACCAACCGAAAGUAUUUUAUCAUAAUUUAUUUUGUAUUUCUUGUCUCCUUAAUAUGUCCAUCCAUUUUUCAUAAACUGGCAAUUAAUGUUAUGAGUUUACACGAUUAUCUAUUAACGGAUAACUCUAUUAGUUAAGUGCAUAAAAUGAUGAUUUUUUGUAUUACGUAAGAUAUAAUUUGUAUAAAGUUAAGCAGAGGAUGAAACUUUUUUGAAUAAAAUUCUUUACCAUAUGA